AGCCUUGCAAUCCAUGCCGAGAGGAAGGCAGAGCGAGCCCGCGCCAGCGCCCAGUUCCCGGGACAGGGUCGGCAAUGCUGCUGAGCAGAACUUGAUCGCGCCCCUUCCUCGCUGCUAGUGGAAGCGAUGCUGCAAGGCACAGCCAGCGCUUCCCCGGCUCUCCUUCAAGCUGAAGGUUACCGACCCGCGCAGCCAGCCCCAGCACUGUGAGCUGCGCGCCUCAGGUCCGGGCUCCGGGUGCUUGGCGGCGGCGCGCAGGGCAACGACCGGGCCGCCCGCGCCGGGGCGCACUGCACCAGCGGCUUCGGCUUGGUGGAUGUGUAUGCAUGAGUUCUGCACCGAAUGGGCGCAAAAAGCGCCCCAGCCGGUCCACCCGCUCCUCAAUCUUCCAGAUCAGCAAGCCCCCGCUGCAGAGCGGAGAUUGGGAGCGCAGGGGCAGCGGCUCCGAGAGCGCCCACAAAACCCAACGAGCCCUGGACGACUGCAAGAUGCUUGUCCAAGAGUUCAACACACAAGUGGCCCUGUACCGAGAGCUGGUCAUUUCUAUUGGGGAUGUCUCGGUCAGCUGCCCCUCACUCCGGGCGGAAAUGCACAAGACAAGAACCAAAGGCUGUGAAAUGGCCCGUCAGGCACACCAAAAACUGGCUGCCAUCUCAGGCCCAGAAGAUGGUGAGAUCCAUCCAGAAAUCUGUCGGCUUUAUAUCCAGCUGCAGUGCUGCUUAGAAAUGUAUACCACAGAGAUGCUAAAAUCCAUAUGUCUGCUGGGGUCUCUUCAGUUUCAUCGAAAAGGAAAGGAACUUGGUGGAGGAACCAAGAGUUUGGAUUGCAAAAUUGAGGAAAGUGCUGAAACACCUGCCCUAGAAGACUCCUCAUCAUCCCCCAUAGAUAGUCAGCAACAUUCCUGGCAGGUUUCCACAGACAUUGAGAACACUGAAAGAGACAUGCGAGAAAUGAAAAACCUUUUAAGCAAACUCAGGGAAACUAUGCCUUUACCACUGAAAAAUCAAGAUGACAGCAGCCUUCUGAAUCUAACUCCAUACCCCCUGGUGAGAAGACGGAAGAGACGGUUCUUUGGGCUGUGUUGUCUCGUCUCAAGCUAGGUGGCUCCUCCUGGAAACCCACUGAGAACAUCUGAAAAAAAAUCACAAAACCCAAGGACCUCCAGACAGCUGAACCACACAGUUAUUGGUUUUUGACUAUGUUUUCUAUGCUUCCUUAUUACUUUUAUCCGCCUCCCCCUGCCCUUUUAAAUGAUUUUACACUUGAAAGCAGCUGCCGUCAAGAAAAAAAAGAACAGAUUCAAAAAGCAGGCUGUUUUUAAAAGGAAAUUUUAAAGCUGACAUUGUGCAUGUCUGCUCCAAACCAUGCCAUGACAGAUGCAAGAUUUAUGAUUUUUAAAUUAUUUAAAGGUUUUUUUAAAUGUAUUAUACAGAGGAAAAAUAUUUCACAUAUAAUAGUAUAUCUAUAGCUCUUGCUGAUCUCAUGUUAAAAAUUAUCAUAUAUAAAAGAAGUCUUUAAACAUAGAAAUCUAUUUAAAACUGAAAAACUGUGUUCAGAAAACCAAUCUAUCAAUAUCAUUAGAAAUAAUAUUAUAAGCAAACAUAUACCACCUCACCUAUUGCUUUCUCUGCACUCAUUUACAUUUAGUCUUCCAUUCUGUCAGAAUCUAAGAGCUUCAACAUGAAAGUAUCUUAAUUUAUAAUGCAACAAAAGCCACAUACAAAAAGUACUUAAAUUUUGUAAAUACACAAUAAUCCUAAUACCUUCGUACAAAUGCAUAUGGGCAACUAAUUUCUUUUUGAUCCAAUGGUGUCUUUUUCAGCUUCUUGGAGAAUGAAGUAAUCCAGUUAGGAAAUGGUGUAGUAACAUAUACAAUUACCCUCAAAUGUAAAAUCAAAUAUUAUUACAUUUUGUUCUAAUUGAAAUCUGAAGCAUGGUGUCUGCACAUCAGCAUAGUAUUAAAUCUUAUAGGGCAUGCUGGAAUUAGUUCAGAUCGUAACAAUAUUUAACAUUUUACAUUGUUAAUAAAGUUUUUUAGUUAAGCUAAGCUUGUCUCAUUUUAGAUGACUAUGCAGAUAAGACUUUUCCAAUGUGUACUUGGUGUCUUGUCUUACACUUAGACUCUUGAAAGCAGGACACAUUAAGCAAUACUACAUUUUAGAAAGGAGGAAGCCACAUGCUUUGUUUUUCUGCUCACAGCUUUGUUGUGAUCUUUCUUCACUAAACUUAUAACAUGGUACAAAUCUUGUUAUACUUUCCCCUGUUCUUCCUUUGGCCCAUUUCUCAGACAAAAUUUCCCUUGGGUUAAGAGAUCAAGUCUUUGCACUUCUUUUCUUGUUUUCCAUGGUCUGAAAAAUCUUCAAGUCAGACAGGAGGCACCAGUGUCUAGUACAAUAGAAGGUUGAGCUAGAUGCCUAUAAGUGGUUUAUCUAAGACACACCUUUAAUCCCAACCCUAUGCUUUUCUCAAUAUUUAUAUGCACAGACAUUUAUAUGUAUACCAAUAUUUUGACCUAAAAACUAAAUAUAUUAAGGCCUUUAGCUUUAGUGAAGAUGAAGAAAGGUAUGGAUGAACACUACUGUAAUAAUUAUUGUAUUAGGUUGAAUUAUAUGAAAUUUCCUAUAUUUGACUGUUUUGACCUACGAAAUGGCAAUUUCAUAUAGCUCAUCCUGAUAUCUGAUGUGAAAAUUAUACUUGGAAUUUUCUUCUAGCUCUUUUAAUUCAAAGUGAAGGAAUUAAAGGGUUGGAAGAGAAUGUUACACAGGUCUCUAUUUAGAUCAUACCAGCUGGUUUUUGGCCUUAUUCUUUGAAUCUAGAGUUGUGUUCUAAUGAACCAGUAACUAAUGCAUGGUUAUAGGCAUACCUGGCUUCAAAAAAAGAAGUAGCCAUGGAAAGCUGUAUGAGAAAAUCACAAUUUUCUGAAUCAAAUAUUUGUAAAACUAUUUGGCUAUUUAAAGACUCUUAGGGUGAAUACUCCCUGGCAAAACAAGCAACCCAGAAUUACCCUGGUCUGAAAACCUUGAUUUAAGCUUAAUAUCCUUUUCUGAAUCUAAUUCAUUUUCAUCCCCUAAGACUAUUUCAUUUGAGAUCCCUUGUUUUUGAGAGUUUGAUGUAGCCCAGUUUGGCAGCUCUCAGCACCUGCCUCAGCCCUCUCCCAUACUUCUAUGAACUCUAGCUUCAAUCUAGUUCCUACUAAUCCAUGCAGAGUUAUUAACUGAUAAGCCCAAUCUUGCUGUUCAGCACAUUCCUCUAAAUGCCUGACCUAAAUAACUUUCGCUUGGUUAACGUGUGUUCAUUCUCACCUUAGUCUCAGUGUGAAAGUAACACUUACCUUCUGUGCAAUUGUCCUUUGUACAACUAAAGACUGUUAAUAAAUUCAGGUUUCACCUCCAUGUCUGAAAAGGCUGUAGUAGCUAUUCAUGGAGAUAAGAAUUUGUCUAAUUACCUAGCCAGACUUUGCAUAUUUAAGGUAAUAUAUUCAGCUACCGUAUCUUUUAUUCAUAGUGCCUGUUUUCCAGUCUUUGAUCAGUUUUGUAGUUCCUGCAGGUAAACUCCAAGAUUUAUAGAUCCUCUUUCAGUAGCAUAUCCUAAAAUUAAGUUUAGUGCUCAAAAUCCUGAUAACCUACACUGUCUCAUGGUUACAUAGUAGGUAAUUCACCGUCUCCCCUUAGAUAAGCCAAUACAUCCCCUAGGAGCUGUCCCACUCUCCUCUCACCUACCAAAGGAUUUUCUCAGGUGUGGUUCCAAGCGAUAAAGUUCUACUGUCUCUGCUUCCUGCUGGUAAUUCUCUUUCAGAUUAGCAAUAACACUGAGCUGAUCUCUAGGGGUAAGAAGAGAACACUGAACUCAUUUUGUCGCAUGUGCACAUGAUUGAAACAGAAAAGGAUGUAAACUUCUGUGGCAUACAUUCACCCAUUUUCCCACUAUAUCUUUAAUAUCCCAUGUUGAUUUUUUUUCAGAUUACAAAGACAAUACAUGUUCUUUGUGGGAAAUCUGAAAAAUACUACCAAAUAGAAAGAAAAUAAAAAUCACCUGAAUUCCACCAUGACCACAUUGUUUAAAACCACAGUUCUGGGCUUUAAAUCAGUCAGGGGCUGGGCCCAAAGGCACUUUUGUGUAAGACAAGUAAAGAAAUGCCCACAAGGCCAAGAUGUCACUUAAAAAAAAAAUCUGUCCAGUCAUGUUUUGCAUGUGAGGAACCGACUCACUGCAAACCACUGGUUAUGCCAUUAUUCAGGGGUACAUAGAGAGCUUUAGAAGUAACAUAGUCCUGAUGCCUCCUCUAAUCAAUUAAAGCUCUUGGGGUAAAUUCUAAAAUUGCCAGACCAUUUUGUUUCUCUAUGCUUCUAUAAAACCAAUCAGGAAACAGUGUUUGGCAAUACUGCCACCUACUGAAAGCUGAGCUUCAGAGUGACACAAAAGAAUGUAAAAGCAUCUACUUUGUUAUAAACAGCAAACAAAUUGACCAGAUUAACAAUGAGCCCAUCUGGAAUUUAAAACUCUGAAAGUGCCAACAUUGAAAGGAUUAAGAUAUCAUCCAGCCAAACCUGCCACACUACCCACACACACACAAGCAAUAUCUAUCAUUUCUUUGUCUUAGGAAUGUCACCAAAUACAAAAUGCUGAACUUUCAGGUAACCAUAGGUAGCAUGCGAAAAAGCUGUGAUACUAUUGGCCUCAGGAUAGAUCAUUAGAAUUAAAUAUAUAGACCAUAAUAGACCUAAUAAUAUAAAAUAAUUGAGUAUAUUAUAAAGAUGACAUUCCAGAUAGAUGAAAAAGUUCGGAUUAUUAAUUUAUAUUGGGAUAACUGGUUAGCCAUUUAUUGAGAGAAAUUUCUAUACCUCAUAAUUAUUAUCAGAAUAAAUUCCAGAUGAAAUAAGGAUUUACAUAUUCAAGCACAUAAA